UGUAUUCACUGCGGUGCACAGGCAGUCCAAUCACAGUGAACCGGUGCUAAGCUGACCGGAGGAGGGCUGUGAUUUUCGGCACUGUGCUCUCUUGCAUUUUAAAACCCCCAGUCUGUACAAAAGAAUAACAAGAGGUGCAGGAGGAGGUGGGUGGAGGAGGAGAGGGAAGGGCAGCCUCUCUCAAGACAACAGCGUAUUCCACUCAGUUGUAACCAGGAGGGGAGGAGGAUACAGGCAUAAAGAGGAGGAAAAGAAAGCAGCACCCUUUCAGACACCUGCUGAGAGCUGCUGCAGGCCUUCCUAAGACUUCCUUUUUCUGCUCCCUGCUUUGAUGCUUUUGUCAUCCUCUCUCAUUUCCUCUUGCCUCUGACCUGUUAUUUGGGGGGACUUGUUUUUGGAACAAAAGCACCUUUUUUUCCACUCAGUGGUGUUGGUUUUGCAUCAGCUGAGUCAUCAUGUCUGAUCUGACGCCUCAGAGCGAAACCCCCACUCCCACCACCGACAAGAUCACCCAGGCCGCCCGAGAGACCAUUUAUCUGUGCAACUUUCGCGUGUCUGUCGACGGCGAAUGGCUCUGCCUUCGAGAGCUCAACGACAUCUCCCUGACGCCAGACCCAGAGCCGGCCCAUGAAGAUCCUAAGGAUCCCAUUGCAAUCGAAAGGCUUAACCUGAUGAACAUGGCCAAGCUGAGCAUCAAGGGCCUGAUCGAGUCUGCUCUCAACCUCGGACGCACACUGGACUCCGACUAUGCGCCUCUUCAGCAGUUCUUCGUGGUCAUGGAGCACUGUCUGAAACAUGGGUUGAAAACCAAGAAGACCUUCCUGGGGCAGAACAAGUCGUUCUGGGGGGCGUUGGAGCUGGUGGAGAAGCUGACGCCCGAGGCAGGAGAAAUCACUGCCAGUGUGAAAGACCUGCCUGGCCUCAAAACUCCUCUAGGACGAGGGCGUGCCUGGUUGCGAUUGGCCUUGAUGCAGAAGAAACUCUCUGACUACAUGAAGACCAUCAUCAACAGAAAGGACCUGCUCAGUGAAUUUUAUGAAGCCAAUGCCUUGAUGAUGGAGGAGGAAGGAGCUGUCAUCGCUGGGCUGCUCGUUGGACUUAAUGUCAUUGACGCUAAUCUGUGUAUGAAGGGAGAGGACUUGGACUCUCAGGUCGGGGUGAUUGAUUUCUCAAUGUACCUCAAAGAUGGAGGACACAGCAGUAAGAGUGCAGAGGGUGACGGUCAGAUCACAGCCAUUCUUGACCAGAAGAAUUAUGUGGAGGAGCUGAACAGACAUUUAAGUGCAUCAGUAAAUAACCUCCAGGCCAAGGUGGAUGCUCUGGAGAAGUCUAACACAAAGCUAACAGAAGAGCUCGCCGUGGCAAAUAACAGGAUCAUCACUUUACAAGAAGACGUUGAGAGAGUGAAGGAGGAGAGCUCAUAUCAGCUGGAGUCCAGGAAGGCAUCAAAGAGCGAGUCGGCACCAGACGGACAAGUGCUGGGUGAAACGCGCAAGCAGCUCAAAGAAGAAACGUUGCUUCGAUUGGAUGUGGAGAAGGAGCUGGAGGUGCAGAUCGGGAUGAAGCAGGAGAUGGAGCUGUCCAUGAAGAUGCUGGAGAAAGACGUCUGUGAAAAGCAGGACGCUCUGGUGGAGCUCCGACAGCAGCUGGAGGACCUCCGCGUCAUCAACCAACAGCUUAGCCACAAGUCACAGAGUGCAGACGCCGGCUCUAAACAGAAGAGUGAAGCCAUCGCUCGCCUGGAGGAGAAGAUAAACCAGAUGUCAGGCACUGUCAAACAGAUGGAGACCAGAUGCAAACAGGCUGAGAGAGAGAAGGCUCUGGCUGUAGAGGCCAAUCGGCUCUUCAAACAGGAGUUUGGGGACAAAAUCGAGAGUCUGCAGGUGGAGGUGGAGCUGCUGAGGAAGAACAGGUGUUAUCUGGAGGUUGAGCUGAGGAAAGAGCGGGAGCGGCGGAGCGAGCAUCACCAUGGCGACGCUGCUUCCGCCCAGCCCGCUGCUCCUCGGAGGGAGAGGAGACUCCCAGAGAACAUACCAAAACGGCCCUCAGAAGCCCUAGCAGCCAAAAGGGAGAGUGAGCAGUCAGGAGCAGAGGACAAAAGCAGUCUGAGCUCCAGCUUGUCCUCAAGGUCACACCAUGAGGAUGAGCAGGAAGAGUCGUUAGGGGAGAUCAGUCAGCCGUGCAUCUGUACGAUGUGUGAACAGGAGGACUCCCUCCUGAAGACAAAGAAGCAGUGUAAAAACUGCAGCGGGGUUUUCUGUGAGAGCUGUGUGUCCAACGAGCUGCCGUUACCUUCCUCCAUCCUCCCAGAGACUGUGUGUACCGCCUGCUUCUCUCUGUUGCUCCAACAAUAUGCUUCAACCCCAACCUGAAACAACUCUGCAUUUUAAUACAGGACACUAUGUUCGGACACAUGGAAACGGAGGCAUUCAAUUUAAAGCUGGCACUGCAACAAUGCACUUUUUGACUUUGUGUCCUGAGACCUUAUGAAAUAUCUGAUGGCGUCCCUUGGGAGGUCGGAACUCUAAUGUCCAAACAUGUGCCAGUUAGAGCUGUUUUGGAGGCAGGUUUUUAUGUAUAGAAAAAGACAACUUGAAUCAUCUCAUCUCGUGCAUGAAAACUGACUCUGCACAUGUCCACUAAGUGGAUUAUUGAUUUAGAAGGUCAACUGUAAUAUUUUAUUAAAAAUAAUUAGGUUUUAAAAAAAGAAAUACUGGACUUUUUUGUUUGUCACAACUGUCAUGCACCGCUGUUAAUCAUGUACACAUCAUGAUCCAAUGGAUUAGAUGAAGUAGGAAUUUUCACACUUUUGACCGAAUACUAUAUGUAACAUUGUAUUUCAAAUGUCUCAAUAUUUGCGGAAAGACUUUCAAAAGCUUUAUUAUCCACCCUCAAAUUGUAAAAUACAAAUUGAAUAAUACAUACGUUGGCAAUUCAAUAACAAAAUUGCAUAACUGUAAUGCCUAACUUAAGACUAGAGAAAAUACAAAUAUUUACGAUAUAGGCCUACUGCUGUAUCACAAUGGCAAACUGCUUGUCUGUACCUUGUUCCUUAUCCGAUCAUCAUGUUAUGAAGACUUCAUCACACUGUUGUUUUAAAACUGUAGAGUGGAUUAGGCUGACAUUUUGAUCAGUGUACUGAUUCUCAGUCUUGCAAUGAGUUAAUGACAAAGUCGUUACGACUACAUUCAAUAUGAAGCUGAAGUCAGCAGCAAGUUAGCUUAGCUUAGCACAGGCUCUGUUCUAAAGAUUGUAAAAUAACAUAUGAAGUUUACACAUUAUUGUAAGGGGAAGGGGGAAUAUUUUUUUCCUGGGGACAGUAAAUACUUUGUGUUGAAUGUGUUUGUGUUGGAACUCAAACCUUAGCACUGCGCCAGAUAUUCUUUAUGCUAGGCUAAGCUAACAUGCUAGUGGCUGUAGCUUCAUGUUAAGCAUACAGGCAUAAUCGUGUUUCCCAUGAUGGCACACUGUUUACGAAGCUGAAUAUUCUUGGUAAAAUAUGUAUUUACUGUUGUGUUCAGUCUUAGUUAGGAGUGGCAUUAACACAUUUGCUUAAAGACUCUGGUUUAUCUCAAACAGUGCGGCAGUUUGGGUUAUUUUGUUCUGGAUAAUUUAAGUUUUUUUCUGGACAUCUAAACAUAUUACUGCACUUUUAAAAAGCAUGGCUCUGGCUGUACUGAAUAGGGCUUAUAGCUGCAACAGCUGUUUUUAUGUGCAGUAAAUCAUGGUAUUGUUUUUGUUGAAGCUCUUAACACAUGAGAUGGAGAUGCGUGUUAGAUCAACAAUAAACUUUUAUUAAAUGUUA